AUUGUGCUUGCGGCCUGCCCGCUCGUCGUCUUCUUCCUGUACGAUAACUUUAAGGACAGAGUGCCCACCCACACGAUCGGCUGGCUGAUUGCAACAUGCUUCGUCGCAGUGACGCUCCCCAUCUCCAUAUGGGAGAUCAUCAUGCACCUGCGGUACAUGCAGGUCCCCCUGCUCCAGGUCCCGGUCAUUCGUAUUCUUUGGAUGGUGCCGAUCUAUACCGUCGACUCAUGGCUGGCUCUGCGAUUCUCCUGGACGGAACUCCGCACUCUCUCCCUGUACAUCAACGUGGCCAGGGAGUGUUACGAGGCCUUCGUCGUCUACAACUUCCUCAUCUUCCUGGCUCGAUACGUCGCCAUCGCUGGCAGCUCCACUCUGCAGAGAGAGGAGUCGUCCAUGGGGAACGUUCCUCACAUAUUCCCGAUGAGCUGCAUGCUCGAACCAUGGGACACGACUUCAACGGCUCACCAUGAGUCUUGUCUUCGAGUCAAGAGCGGCGUCGUUCAGUACAUCGUUGUCAAGCUCGCAUGCGCGCUUGCGGCGUUCAUCUUGAAACCUCUGAGCAUGUGGGGAGAAGGGCGUCUACAACCAUCUCAAGGGUUCUUCUGGGCCGCCAUGGUCACAAACUUUAGCCAGGCCUGGGCCCUCUACUGUCUGAUCCUCUUCUACAAGGGGCUCCGCCACGAGCUCGCCCCGAUGAAGCCACUCGGGAAGUUCCUUGCCGUGAAGGCGAUUGUGUUCUUCUCCUUCUGGCAGUCGCUCGCCAUCGCCAUCUUGGUUCAGCUCGACGUGAUCGCUGAGAUCCCUUCCAUCUACCCAGAGACGUCCGAGCUGGCGGCGGCAACGCAAGACUUUCUCAUCUGCAUCGAGAUGCUCAUCUUUGCCAUUGUGCAUCAUACCGUCUUCUCCUACAGAGAGUUCCUGCACGAAGACCCCCAGGUCUCAAACAUCGAGCUCGAUGUGGAGAACUCUGAGCCCGGCAGGAAGGACUUCAAGUCAAGGUCUUUCCUCCAUCUUCCUCCUCCCCUUGUCUCAGCUUGA